GUUAUUUCAAAACCCUAAUAUCCCAAUUCGCUUUUCUUUUCCUCGAGCAUAAGCAAUUCCCCGAAAGUUUAGAUGGCGUGGAAGAUCUGUCAAGCAUAGAUUUAGGGUAAAAUUGGAGUUUCGAUCUGCGGAGAAUCCAUCGCCGGAGAUCAGCCGAGGGAUUGAGGCUUGCUUUAUCUGUUAGGAGAUCAUAUAGUUCUGGGUUUUCAUCGGUUAAGCCAUCGGAGUUCACAGAUCGAGAAAUGGAUGAUAUCAACUCGCAAACCGGAUCAAAGAAUGAAGCGAAUCACGAGGAAACCCCGAUCUCUAAGGAUGAUAGCUCGCUUGAAACGAUAGUCCGCAGAUUUCAAGACGCGUUUACAGCGGGGAAACACAAGUUUUGGGAAACUCAGCCUGUUAGGCAGUUUAAGGAUAUCAGUACGAGCUUGCCUGAAGGCCCGAUUGAGCCCCCGAGCCAGCUGUCUGAGGUCAAACAGGAGCCGUAUAACUUGCCGGCUCAAUAUGAAUGGACCACCUGCGAUAUGGAUAACGAGGAGACUUGCAAUGAGGUUUACAAUCUCCUGAAGAACAACUAUGUGGAGGAUGACGAAAACAUGUUUAGGUUUAACUAUUCCAAGGAAUUUCUUGGGUGGGCCCUGAGGCCUCCGGGUUAUUACAAGAGCUGGCAUAUUGGUGUCCGUGUCAAAGACUCAAAAAAGCUCGUUGCUUUCAUAACUGGAGUGCCUGCUAGAAUCCGGGUACGGGACGAAGUUGUGAAAAUGGCGGAGAUCAAUUUCUUGUGUGUUCACAAGAAGCUCAGAUCAAAACGGCUCGCACCCGUCAUGAUUAAGGAGGUUACCAGGAGGGUUCACUUGGAGAACAUCUGGCAAGCGGCAUAUACUGCUGGAGUCGUCCUUCCCACUCCAAUCACGACUUGCCAGUACUGGCAUCGGUCUCUGAAUCCUAAAAAGCUCAUCGAUGUCGGGUUUUCAAGACUCGGGCCGAGGAUGACAAUGAGCAGAACCAUCAAGCUGUACAAGCUGCAGAGCUCACCGGCUACACAAGGAUUCAGAAAAAUGGAGCUGCGAGAUGUAUCUGCCGUGACCCGAUUGCUCAGGAAUUAUCUGAGCCAAUUCGUGGUUGCACCCGAUUUCGACGAGAACGAUGUGGAACACUGGCUGUUGCCACAAGAAGACGUAGUGGACAGCUAUGUGGUCGAGAGUCCCGAAACUCACGAGAUCACCGACUUCUGCAGCUUCUACACCCUGCCUUCGUCCAUCCUCGGAAACCCUAAUUAUUCGACGCUGAAAAUUGCUUACUCGUACUACAACGUGGCCACCAGAACGCCGCUGCUUCAGCUGAUGAACGACGCCCUUAUCGUUGCAAAGAAGAAGGAUUUCGAUGUAUUCAAUGCCCUGGACGUGAUGCAGAACGAGUCGUUCCUGAAAGAACUGAAAUUUGGCCCUGGAGAUGGGCAGCUCCAUUACUAUCUCUACAACUACAGGGUCAGGAACGGGGUCAAACCGUCAGAACUAGGGCUUGUGCUCCUGUAGUUUCUUCCUCUCUUGUUCCCUUUUGAUCCAGACAGUUGUUUCGAUGUGUUUUUGAUUAUGUUCUUUGGGCAAAAUCUUUGGAUUCUUAUCUGUUUUUUGGAUCUGUUACUUUGAGUUUUGUUAUAUUGUUGGUCCCAUCUUAUCUCGACUCUUGUCGGAACCUAUAAACCAACGUAUUUAUAGCA